CAGUUUAACCCAAUAAUCAAAAUGGCGAGUCUUAUCAGCGCAGCGAGCCAAGCUGUAAAUAUUGACAACGACCGCAUGUUAAAACCGGUACCAUAUAUCCGAGAAGUCAACACCGAUUUGGUUCAGAUAUUUUUGAAAGUCUAUCUGAGGCUAAGUUCCAAUUUAAAGUUACAAAGACAACACAAGAUACGUCGGCUUAAAUAAUUACGUGAUGAGAAGGAUACUCGACUAGGUUCAUCACUAGUCUGUGAAGUAGUCACGCUUCACCCCGUCUUGUGAUGCGGACUCAUGAUUGAGUACGCGAGCGCCUCAGUGGCUGUAGAAAGCUGAUUUGCGACUAUAAAUCCACCACUCGCCUGCCCGCACCACCAUUGUCUCACAGAUCGUCCUCUGAACUCCAAGUGUCAUUACAUCUCAUCUCAGCCUCACAACAAUUAGAAUAAAAUAAAGACUAGUUUUAAACAUCUUCUGAAUUAAGUUCGAUUAUUUUAUGAUAUAACAGUGCCUGUGUAAAAUGGACGCGCAACAGUUUCGUGAGUUUGGCAAGGCGGCUAUUGACUUGCUAGCUGAUUACGUUGAGAACAUUAGAGACAUUGAUGUCUUGCCGUCGGUGGAGCCUGGGUACUUGCUGGAUUCUCUGCCUGAAGAUGCACCAGAACAGCCGGAAGAUUGGAAAGACAUUCUUAAAGACUUCAACCAAGCUAUCAUUCCAGGGAUUACACAUUGGCAUUCACCGCGAUUCCACGCCUUUUAUCCCACGGGUUCAUCGUAUGCCAGCAUCGUUGGGAACAUGCUUAGCGAUGGACUUUCUGUUAUUGGAUUUAGUUGGUUAGCAAGUCCCGCGUGUACAGAACUUGAAGUUGUCACUAUGAACUGGCUGGGAAAACUGCUUGGUAUACCAGAAGAGUUUCUACAUUGCUCUAGUGGACCUGGAGGGGGUGUUAUUCAGGGCUCUGCCAGUGAAGCCACGCUAGUGGGACUUUUAGCAGCUAAAGAAAAAACCGUUCGUAAGCUAAUGAAAAACAAUCCCAGCCUGGAUGAAGAUGAAAUCAAACCAAAACUAGUGGCAUAUACCUCCGAUCAAUGUAACUCAUCAGUAGAAAAAGCAGGUUUACUGGGAUCAAUGAAAAUGCGGUUACUAAAGGCAGACGCUGAUGGUAGGCUGCGUGGAGAGACACUGAAAAACGCGUUUGAAGAAGACAGGGCUAAAGGUCUCAUUCCUUGUUACGUCAUCGCAAAUGUUGGCACUACAGGAACUUGUGCCUUUGACCCCUUAUACGAAUUAGGACCAGUAUGCAAUGAAGCUGAUGUAUGGCUACAUGUCGACGCCGCCUAUGCAGGAGCAGCAUUCAUAUGCCCAGAAUACAGGCAUCUGAUGAAGGGCAUUGAAUACUCUGAUUCCAUCGAUGUAAAUGCUCACAAAUGGUUGCCAGUGAGCUUUGACUGUUCCGCAAUGUGGGUUAAAGACGGCUACGAUCUUGUGAAAGCGUUUGAUGUACAACGGAUUUAUUUGGAUGAUGUGAAAACAGAAACUAAAAUUCCUGAUUACCGUCACUGGCAAAUACCUUUAGGUCGCAGAUUUAGAGCUCUCAAAUUAUGGACUGUUAUGAGGAUUUACGGCGCCGAAGGCUUGAGGAAACACAUCAGGGAUCAGAUAUCCUUGGCUCAAUAUUUUGCUAAACUUGUGCGAGCAGACGAAAGAUUCUUAGUUGAACCAGAGCAAUCUAUGGGUUUGGUAUGCUUCAGACUGAAAGGUGGGGAUAAAAUCACUAAGCAAUUACUAGAAAAUUUGACUGAGAAGAAAAAGGUUUUCAUGGUAGCUGGUACAUACAGAGAGAGAUAUAUGAUCAGAUUUGUUAUUUGUUCUCGUCUGACUAAGAAGGAGGACAUUGACUUCAGCUGGAAACAUAUAAAAGAUGAAGCAGAUCUCCUUUGCUCUGACAAAAUACACACCAAAGCUCAAAUUCCAGCUAUUGAUCAAAUAGUAGCCAGAGAUGUCUGUGAGAAGUCCAAAUAAUUAUUAUAAACAUUAAUUUUCAUAUAAUAAUAUUAGGAAAGAAUUUUCUAAAGAGGCAAAAUAUUUUUUUAGCUCAAGUUGAUGCAGGCAUCCGCUAUAAAAAUAAUAUUAUCAUACGUCAUUUUGAAAAUUUGGGGUAAAGCAAACGAUUUUUUUGUUGAAAAAACAAUAUUUACAUAAAACAAGUACUUCUAGGCGGAUGCAGUUGCUAACAAAUAUGCUAUAGUGUGAUACUGUAUACGAGUAGGUUUAAUAUUAGUUUACCUUAAAGCAGGUCUGAGAAGAGCGGAAUAACAGUUCUAGUUAGUACCUAAGAUAAACAUUUCACAUUAAAAUGUGCAAAAUUACAUUAACUUGCCUUGUGACCUCACUUAACAGACCCUGAGUCCCAAAUACUUCAGCAAAAGUAUUGCCGUUCUGGAGCAGAAGGGGCCAAAUGACUCACGUAUUACUGGCUGAAAAUUUGAAGUAUAAAAACAAUUCCUUUAAAGUCUAAAAUCCUCAUAUCUUUUUGAAUUAAAGGAACAACAACACAUAUUGGUAUUGCUGGUUUGGUUAUAUAUUGUGAUAGGUUUGCGUCAAAAUUUGUUUAAUCUUAAGCUAGGAUAAUAAAUAAAAAGUGAUACAAUUACA